UUUUACUUUGACGUGUGACUGUGAAUGAUGUGAUUUCCAUUUUCCAUUCCGAUUUAUUCUAUUAACUUAGCAUUGUUGACUUAAAUUUUAUUUCAUUGUAUUCAAAUGAAUAAUCGUAGUUUUAAAUAAAAAUAAUUAUUUUCAAGAUUCUACAUAAGUAAUCAAAAAUGUUAAAAAUAUACAAAGCAAAUUGUUUCCCAUCAAAUCAAAACCAGUUCUUCAAUACAUUGUUUGGUGGUAGAAAACAAGUCGGCAAAACUAUUCACGUCACACCAUUAGUAAAAUAUCCACAAGUAGCAAAUCUCAAGCUACCUACAAAUGUGGUCAAUAUAAAUGAAGCUGAAAUGGGUAGAUUCUCUCCGCUGAGAGCGAGAGACAUAUCUGGACCUGUGAUUAAUGCUUACAAUAUAAAACAUGAGGCAUCUCAAAUUGAUAUAACGUUACAAUCUGAUCCCCAUGUCAAUAAAUAUGACUGCAGAGGAGCUGUUAGCUUGUCUUCAUCCAUGCAGAGCAAUGUCCCAAGUCCAUUUACUAGCAACAAGACCCAUCUCAAUAUGCCGGGUUCACAGUGGGGCCAAGGACAUAAGUAUCUGUCUGAUCACCUGCACAGUGCUCAUUACUUAACUCUGAGAAAUGAGUACCGGGCGCGCUUGUAUAAAGCUAUAACCAUUGGGGCAAGAAAAAUGAGCACUACGCCAGAUCCCCCCCUAAGUGCUAAAGAAAAAUUAAAAAAAGCUGUGAAAGAUUAUGGCGCAACUGUUGUAGUAUUUCACGUUACUAUAUCCCUACUAUCUUUGGGGGGUUGUUACGUCCUUGUAUCUAGCGGAGUAGAUGUACUGGCAAUACUGAAGUAUUUAAACAUUGGUGAAGGGCCAAUCUUAAACACAGUCACAUCAAAUGCUGGCACGUUUGUUAUUGCAUAUGGAGUACACAAAAUAUUCGCUCCAGCGAGGAUAGCCAUUACCCUUACAGCGACGCCAUUUAUUGUACGAUAUUUAAGAAGAAUAGGAAUAUUGAAGCACAGUAUUGCUUCCGGUGGUGGGAAAUAAAUUACACUUAAAAAUC